GUUAUAUUUACAGUUUACACGUAUUCAAUUCAGUAUUUAUAUAUUUAACUAAAUGAAUUUAUCAGUUCAUGCUUCGAUUCAAAAUCAUUUAAAAUAAAAGGUAUUGAGUUGAGGAGAGUAUGUUUAAGAAACAAUUGUGAAAAAAAUAUUUCAUCAUGUCCUUUACUGGAUUCAGUGAAGAAGAUCUGAAGCGAAUGAAGACGACGGAAUCUAGUCCAAACAGCGAUUCACAAGCAAAUUCUUCAUAUGUUCGGAAGAUUGAUAAAAUUGGUCUAAAGUUGAAAAGACCAACACCACAAUACAAAUUGCCUAUAGAAAAGCUAAGCUCCGAUGCUAUGGACACUGCAUUUGAUAAAUGUAAGCUCAGCCUUAAAACACCAACUUCUACCAAUGAUAUAGUUAAUAAUAAUGAAGUUGAAAAUACCUCCAUCAAUCAAGAUAUCGAAGAAAAUAUCAUAGAUUACCAUAAGGAUGAUGUAUCAAAUGUAUCUAGUAGAAAAAGUAGCUCAAAUGUUGCCCCCGAUGUGGUAAGAUGUGUUGAUAAUUAUACAGAGGAUGAACUCGCUACCCAUAAGGUUAAGUUAGAAGAAUUACAACUUCAACAGAAGUUGAUGGAAGAACAGAAUAAGAAGAGGAAAGAGAUGCUCGCUAAAGCUUUGGCUGAUAGGACCAAACAAACAGAGGAAGAGGUUGUGAAGCUGGAAAAAAUAAAAAAAGAAUUGCAAGUUUUGGACGGACAGUUCUCACAGGAUGUUGCGGUUUUGAGAAAGAAAAUAGAUCAGGCAUGCAUCAGUUACUCGGAUGCUGAGAAGCAUUAUUUAAGAGUAGAAAAAGAAUUCCUACAAGCUAAAAUAAAUUUACAAAAGGAGAAAGAGAAAAAAGAACUGCUCACUGAACAUCUCUGUGCACUCAUCACUCACAAUGAAACGAGAAAGGCUCAGAAGUUGGAAACAUUGAUGCUUGAACUUGCCAGCGAUAAAAACAAUGCCAUAAAUAAAGUAGCGACACCAGUCGAUGACACACCAGUGAUUAUAGAUGGUGUAGAUGAAAAAUCAGGUAAAAUUGUGGAAAUUUUACCUAAAAGUUAAAAUUUAAGAUUUAAAGAUAUUUAUUAAGUAGGUUUAACAACGAAUAAACUAAUUCCAAAAAUGCAAGGGUGCAAUUUUAAAAUAUGUGCCUUAUUAUAAGUACCUUAAAUCUUUUAUUAUAUAAUAAUACUUAAUUUUUGUAUGGUCAUGUUGAACAUGAUAUGUUAGAAGACUAAUUAUUUUAUUAAAAUUAGAUUUAAGUAAAUUUAUUAAAUGAUUCUCAAGUAUAAUUUGUGGAAAUAUAAUCAUUACAUAAAUGUAUUAUUAAUGUUGCAGCUCAAUUUUGAAUACAUUACAUAGUGGAUAUAUUCUCAUUACAAAUUGUACUAAAGAUAACAAUAUCUACCAUAGACCUAAAACGAAAUUUAAUAGAAAUACAAUUUCAAUUAUUGUUGGUGUUUAAAGUAAAAACUUUUUUAAAUAUUGUUUUUUUUUUACAAGAAAAAACAUGCUUGUUUAUUAAAGUACAAUUUGUAAUGAAAUUUAAAAAAAAACCAAACUUUUAUACUCAUUAAAAUAAUUUUGUUAUGACAAUUAUUGUAGGUGCUUUUAAUUCAUAUAUGGUUCACGAAUUGUAAUUGUUUAUCGUAAGUGAUGUCCUAUUUUAUAUUCUCUAUUUAUGUA